AAACAAGGGGUGUAUGUAAAUAAAAUUCAUGACGUGUUUUUUUUCCACUCGCAGGAAAAUUGCGACAGAGGCAAUUGUUAGAGAAAAUUUUCGCAAAAGGGAAAAUACCCAGUGAAAUAGAAGUUCUUUUGCCUUAGUAGAAUUUUAAGUGGAUCGGUAAUUGUGGCGGGAAACGCGCGAAAAUGUCGAGUGCAGCAAAGAGAUCAUCAGCGAUCGGAUCGGCUGAUUUUGAGAUGGAUCAGAUGGCUGAGGCUGAGCUCCAGAGGCUUCAGCGGCAGAAACGCGUAAUGGAAAAUGAACGGGUGACAUUUAACGAGGAACGUGUUAAGAAAUCCCGGCAGCAGAAGAAGAUAAUUGAGAUACUCCGUCGUGAGCAGGAACAAUUGCAAGAUGAGCUCAAUUCACUUCUUGUUGGUCCUCAUGCGAAGCGUGAAAGUGAACUGGAGCAGGAGAUGAAGCGUCUUGAGGCUGAGAUUGAGAGUCACACGCAAUUGUUGGAGGCCGAGAAGGGGAAUCUGUGGGAGUUGGAUGGUCACAUUAGGAAAUUGCAGAAGGAAAUUGAUCGCCUGAGGAGCAAUCAAAUCACCGAUCAUCGGUACAAUGAGAAGAUCUGCAAGAUGCAGAAGGAUGUGGUGAAGCUGGAGAAUCGUCUGGAGGUGGCACAUAAGCGUGCUGGAGCUGUGAUGGCUGAGAAUGCUGAAUUGCGCCAAAUGAUCGAUCAUAUGCUCCAGGAAAGGGCGCUCUUCAAUGAUGUCUGGGCCAAGAUGGUCACUCAGCUCAAUCAGGGCAAGAAGCACAUGAUGGACCUCAUUGACCAGUCCACAGCAGCCUAUGACCAGCGCGAUGAACUCUGCAAUAAGCUGCAAUUGCUGAAAGAUCGCAGUCAGGCGGACAAGAUGGCUCACAUCCAGGAGAUGAGGGAAUUGCAGCGUAAACUCGAUCAUGAUGCCAAAUUGCACCAAUUUCUGGGCAUCAAAGGUCAACAUCGGGUCAACACGGAACUGGACAUGCGGGAGGCCAACAAGAAGCGCCAGUUGCAGGAACAGCUGGAGAAUCAACUGGAAGAGUACAACACAAUCCUCCAGCGAAUUAGGGCCUUCUCAACCGAAGAAGAUGUGGACAAAUUGGCUUCGCAGUUCAUGAAGCAAGAAGAGGAGAAUUUUGCCUUGUUCAACUACGUCAAUGAACUGAGCCACGAAGUGGAAACUCUCAAUGAAUCUGUCCAGCGUCUGCAAGACAGCAUCGAGGAGCAAAGGGGUCUCAAUGAAAGUAAGAAAAAGUCUCAGAUGGACACCAUUGAGUCAUUGGAAAAAGAGCUAGAGCUGCAGACCGAAAAGGCGGAUCGUGCCAAUGACAUUAAAGUCACGUGCGAUGAGAAACUCAAUGAACUGCUCACCGGAGUUGAGAAGAUCUUCCGUCUAAUCCGAUGCGAUGAUGCUCCUGUGCUCAAUCUUCUGGGAAUCCACAAAAAAGUCACCAUUAACAAUGUCCAGCUCUUCCUGGGCAUCAUCGAAAAGAGGACCAAUCAGAUGAUCGCCACUAUUACCUACGUCGAGCCCCCAUCGAAGAUUCUGGCCAAGAAGGAUCGCAUUCCCAAAUUCAACGUCCGGGAAUCCGCAAAGGGACCCACCAAAAUCCAACAGAAAUAAAUCAAAUCACAAAAAAUAUGACUUUUAUUGUUAAUUUAAAAAAAAAACUCCUGCUCUAAA